AUGGCUGCCUCCGCAGAAAGUGUGUUCGAUGCCCUUGGGAAGAGCUAUGAAGACGCCUACGCCCAUAGCCCGGGGCUGCACAGGAUCAUCCAGCGUGUGCUCACCACACUUCCACCAGGAACAAAGGUUCUCGAUGUUGGUUGUGGAACAGAAAAGCCAGUUUCUCAAACGCUCGCCGCAGCUGGACAUGAUGUCUCUGGAAUCGAUAUUUCACAGACAAUGGUUGAUAUGGCUCGAAAACAGGUGAUAAAAGGCUCCUUCGAAAAAGCAGACAUGAGAACAUACCAACCCAGAGUUCAGUUUGAUGCAAUAUUUGCGGCCCUAUCUUUAUUUGCACUCUCUCACAGAGAAUUAUCUUUAAUGAUGCUAAAGUUCUGUGAAUGGCUCCAUCCAGGGGCCAUGCUCGUUAUUGGAAUUAUUCCCAACACCGAAACAGGAGAAUGUAUGGAUAUGCUUGAUAUACCUUUCAUGGGCCAUAGCUUCAAGGGAACGGUGUGUACGAUGCGUGAAUGGUAUGAUAUGAUAGCAAAAGUCGGAAUGGAGGUGGAAUUUACACAGAUGGACCCUUUCCAACCGAGGAGUCCGUUGUGUACCAAGGAGGACCACUGUUAUAUCAUUGCCAAACGAACAACACAACACCCCUUGCUGGGACCGUAUCCGAUGCCGACGCAGUAUAGAGGUCCGCAUCCACUGAGCGAACAAGCAUUUCAACCUUUCGCUGAAAGGUUUUCUCGCGAUGACUUUGACGCUGUCCUGGAAGCGCUUGGGAAGAAUGACAAGAUUCUAGAUGUGGGCAGUGGGCAUGAUGAACUGCCAGUGGCUAUUGCCAAACGUCAUGGCAAGGCCUAUUCUAUAGAGCCAAAUGCGGAUAGGAACGCCAUCAUUUCAAAUAAAUCCCAAGUGCAUAACGUUGAGAUCCUUCCAGGAACUGCAGAGAAUAUACCGUUCCCAGAUAAUACAUUUGAUGCAGUUGUUUCGAUGUGGAUCUUGCACUACGUGCACGAUUUAGAGAAGUCUCUAAGAGAGAUGACUCGAGUCGUAGAUCCACGAUUGCCCCAUGCAAAGAUCGUUUUAGUUCAAGGGGCACCGGAUAAUGAGGCAGUCAAUCUGGUCAACCAAGCCUGCGCCCAUUUGAGUGCUGACAAUAAACUGCCUGACCAUCAGGGUUUCCUCCUCCACAAAGCCUCGGAAAUAUUCCGAGAGGCCGGGUUCACAGAUAUAACCCUUCGCCGAGUCGAUGUCUACUGCAAGUUUCCUGAGGAAGAUCUCUCCGAGCGUUGUGCAAAUGCUGCUGAAAUAUUGGCCACUGCCUGGUUCGAAACCGAUCCGAAUCUGGAAAAAAUGAAGCAAGAGUUGCUUCCGGCGUUAAAAGCCCAUUUCGCACAUAGACCCGACUCUAUAGGAGACGAAGGCGUCAUCUUGAUAGCGAGGCCGGGGCGCGGCUAG